CCUGGUGCAGAAAAAAAUUGGCAAGCACCUGCCUCUAGGUAAAUAAUGUUUCUUUAUUGUCAGAUGCUGUGAGAUUGAAAAGUUUUAAAGUCUGGCCCCAUCAACUUGUUUACUUACACGAAUAAUCACUUGACAAGAAACUCUAAUUAGGCCUACCCAAACGUAACGUGAAAAAGAUAUUCCUGUCCUGGUGUAUCACUGUAUACUGGAUUAUGUUUCAAAUAAGACCUAAAACCCAAUGCAUAAACCACAGAUGCAACGGUACGAUAUUUAUUUCAUCCCCUCCACAUCGACGCUUGUACAGCUUGGACACAUUCAUAGAUCUCCAUGCGCCUUUUAUAAAGCUGGAUAACGCUGAAGCCGCGGUGGCGGACACCUCCGAUGCGCGCUCCACCCCAUAGUCAUGCCCGCGCCUACGCUCGUUCCCGUCGACGCCGGUGCGUUUCGCUGGAUAUCAGCCGGCGUGUGGAAGAGCGCAGCUCAAGGAGUAGAGCGGGUUUCACUAUUAUAAUUUCGUAUUCUCGCAAGACUUUCUGCAGGUGUGCGUAGAUGCGCAACGUUGUCAUUAGAAGCACUGUAUUGUUUGGUAGGAGGCCACUGUGAAGCUGAACCUACAUCCGAUGUGACACGGCGGCGUAUUUCGGGACGGGCACCUAAUUUACCGUGGUAAAAGGAUGAAACGUAAGAUCACUCUGGUUCAGUAGGCCGUACAUAUUAACAGGAAGAGAGGAAAUGCGUAUCAGUCUGGCAUCAUUGUUUCGUGUCGGGGUACCCAGAAGAAAAUAGGGGGACGCGCUUUGCGAAAAUGGUCCUGGUUAUUCAUUUUAAAAUACACCGUCCCGCAUUUUCUUUCAGAGCGCCGUGCUUCCAUGAAUUGCGCCGGUAGAAGAUGUAUCACCAUGUAAUAAGAUCUAGGUGUGGAGAUCCGUUAUCGUACAGAUGCUUUACAGUCUGCCGCAAACUGCUGAUGCUUUUAAUCUUUAAUCUACAGCCGCAGUCCGCUUUCUCAGACUUCACCGUAGAUCAACAGUUCUGCGUGGAUCCCGGUUACUCUGAUCACGGCAGCCGACUCCCAGCCUCGGGGGUCUUUUUCGAGAAUGACGUGGCCCGGUUCUCUUGCGAAGAGGGCUUUCGACUCAAGGGCCCGGCCAAGAUGGCCUGUGCGCGGCUUUCUAAUGGCUCCAUUGGCUGGAAGCCAAACGUGAAGCCGGUGUGUCUCCCUGAAGAUUGUAUGGUUCCAUAUGUGGAUGAUGCUGAUGUUGUAAAUAAGACCUACAGACCUGGGGACCAGCUGGUUGUUAGUUGCCAUGGAGGAUAUCAGAUCCGUUACCCGGAUGCAGACACUGUACAGUCUGUCUGUCAGGAUGAUGGAAGCUGGGCUAACCUACCAGUCUGUCAAGGCUGUCUGCGACCCAUGAUCCCUCCUCACAGCUACGUGAACCUCACCGAGACAGAGUUCUCCAUCCCGGUGGGGAAGGUGGUUCACUACCAGUGUUUCCCAGGCUACAAGCUGGAUGGUGCCGACCUGCUGGAGUGCAUGUACAGCCUCAUGUGGUCCAGUCCUCCACCCCGCUGCCUGGAGGUGGAAGUGUGCAGCCUGCCGCCCAUGGUGGAACAUGGAGACUACGUGUGCCACCCUCAGCCCUGUGAUGGCUACAUCCACGGGACCGUAGUCGAGUUCUUCUGCGACCCAGGCUACACCCUUGCGAAUGACUACAGGUAUAUAACCUGCCAGUUUGGACAGUGGUUCCCUCACAUUCAGGUCUACUGCGUCAAAACAGAAACCUCCUGGCCAAACACACCAGAGACUCUGACGACGUGGAAGCUGAUCUCCAUCACAGCCUCCAGUGUGCUGCUGGCCCUGUUGCUGGUCGUCUUAGUGAAGGCGUUCCAGUUCAGGUGCAAGACGCACCGGCAGUUGAGGGAUCAGCGUCGGAAUUCUGGCUGCCCCGACUUCCUGGUGGUGGAUGGCGUUCCUGUGCUGCUCCCCACGUAUGACGAAGCGGUCGGCAGCGAUGCCAGUCUGCCUCCUAACUUCGAGCCCCCUGCCCGUGCUGGUCACGUCCCCUUCUCGCACCCCCAGGAACAGGGACCACCAGCAUAUCCCGGCCAUGCCCAGGGACACAGAGUGGCAGGCCGAGAUGCCACUGAAUAUGAGACAUGCGAGAGCCUUUCAGAUUCCACAGAAUAUCUCCAAAGCGUCUGUCCCUCGUCCGUGUUCACAGGGGGACAGAGCAACCUGUCAGACAGGACCAACCCUGUGGUCUCACCUUCGGGGGACACGACCUCCACAAGCCCCAGUAUCGAUAUAGCUGACGGAAUGCCUCUGGUAGAGGAUGGAUGUGAAGACUGCUGAUGAAAUCCGGCCCUUGGUAGAAGAACUACAUAUGAGGAUUUUUACAUAUGGAAGAUGAACUGAAGAUACUGUUCCUUUGCAUUACCGCUCAUUAAAACCCCGGGAAAUCUCUCUUUUUUUUAAAGCAGAGGUGGAUCGCGUUCCUUUCAGUGUGCAUGGCUGUGUAUAUCUCCAGUCAGCGUCUGUAUGUUUUUUUUUUUUUUUUUUUUUGUUUCUGUUCUCGUCAAAUCUAAAGUGACACCGGGAAAAUCGGACCAAGCAGACAAAGACCCAGCUGACGUUUUCUGUGCUUGUCUCUAACUGGUCUCCAGUCCUCGGAUCUCUGGUCAUACGUCGUGAAUCAUUAUCCAAAUUAACUUAGGUGAGAUAACUAGCCUGUUCAGCAGAGACUGAACAGGAAUAUGAUCUUGAUACCAGCGGGCUAUUAACCGGUUACCUGCCAGUGGUUUGCCGGUGAGUGGCAGACAUUGGGUGGGGGUUUAAGCAAUAAGUAAAUAAGGAGAUGAUAGAAGUUUACAGGAGUGAGGGUCAUCCAAAAGAACUGGGAAAACAAGAGGAAAGGAAGCGGACGGUCCUGGGGAUUCGGGACAGAAUGUCCGUAGUGAUCCUUGUUAAUUACUCCCCUUGUGAGCUGUGUGCUAACUGAGAGUCGUCUUUCCUUUCUGUCGGUCCUUUGUAGACUCUUCAAACAACAUCCAGAGUUUCUGACAUAGCACCUUCCCCCACACAGGCGUUACACAACUGGAGAAACACCAUUGGCAAACAUUCUCGCAGUUCAUCUGAAUGGCUGAUCUUAAAACUCGGGGGGGGAAACGAUGUCCUGAAUUGGGUGUAUGAGGGAAAAAUGCUGGGUGUCCAAGACUAACUGGAAGCCGGUUCCCACCCCCACAGGUAUGCUGGUAAGUCAAACAGCUGUGUGCAUGUUAAAGGGGGUGAACAUUCACUUUAUAUGCCAAGUCUCAGUUGUUUUACUGGAGGUUUCCAGUGUCUGAAUGGGCUAAUCUCACCGAUCGCGGUUGCAGUGUUUUUUUUAUGCUCUGUAUAUAUGUAGCUAGGCCUGUAUUCGCUGAAUUACAACGAUCUGACGGAUUAAGGUGACGGAGAGGCAGGAGAAUCUUAUGGAUCGCCAGGCUGCUUCCAGUGCCACUCCAAAUAGCACUGGGAAUGUGAUUGGGAUGCACACAGGUGCAGUAAGGCAUCACCAAAAGCAUCUCCAGCGAUUCGCAGUUAAGUUAAAUGUUAUCUCAGACAAAGCUCUCUGUACAUGUAUCUGUUGUACAUCAGUUUAGGGCAGAAUUAAGGGGCUUGUGUUUAAUUUGGGGGUUAAUUCUGUGUGUAUGUGACCCAGUAAAUAUGAUUUAGUGUUUUGAAUUGGAUUUUUUUUAAUCACAUUGUGGACAAGAAUGUUGAAUGCUGAACAGGUGGGAAGGGGGCCUCAUGACCAAUGUUAUAUGACCUUCUAUAAUCCUUCCCGGCUCAGGAUGUCACUGCAACAGCUUCCUGUUUUUGGACACCAAGUAAGUCUUUUGAAAACUGCAGCUAAGAUGUAGGACACUGAUUCUUGCAAAAUCUUCACUUACUAAUGAAAAACAAUAUAAUAUUACUAAGAAGGGAUUGAGAAAAAAAAACUAUUAUGUAUUAUUGUACUAUACAUGGAUUGAUGGACUGAGAUCCUGGUAUAAGAAAGAAAGUAUCUAGAGAAAAAGAAGUUUGUGAAUGUUAAAAAAAUCUAAGCUGUGCAAGUCACCUCAUUUCCAGUUAGAAAUGGAGAGAAAGUUAAGAGAGAAAAAAACCAAAAUUAUCAGUGGUCAUCUUUGCUGUUUAAUAAAAGCAAUAUUAAAGUGAA